UGGGUGGCAAUAUCGAGCGGAGAAAGCUUCCUGAACGGUCCAAGAAGGCGGUGAAGCUCGGGGUAAAUUCAGUCCACGCGGAGGCGGAUGAACCGAGCCCCAACUACCCCAUCCCCAGUUCAUAUCUGUGGAGAAGUUUGCUGAUUCCGGGGCCCCAUGGGGAGUCUGGGGUAGGUGGGUGCGUUUAAAGCCAUCGACUUUCGUCUUCACCGCUGCCAUUGUGCACGCAGGAAGGGAAGCCUUUCUCCUGUUCAUUCGUCCAAGGGUCGAGUCAUUUCUCUUCCGCGUUUCCGUUGUGCUUUGCCCAUCACACCACCUAGUUGGUUCACCAUCAGUCGACAUGGUCAACGAUACACACCGCGACGCGGUAGCCCCGGCCGGCCUCCCCGAGACGGCCGGCGACCACAAGACCGACCUUGUCGAGGCUGAACGGGCGCAGACGCCCGACCUCGUGAAGUCCGGGCAGAGAUACGACAGGAUGGACAAGGAGCUCGCCCAAUACGUGGCCGAAGGCCGCAUCCACAUCUCUGAGGAAGAAAACACGCGCCUGCGCCGCCUUGUCGACAAGAGGAUCCUGGCCAUCAUGGUCACAACCUACUUCUUGCAGGCCAUCGACAAAGGGACCUUGAGCUUUGCGUCUAUCAUGGGCAUUGUCCAAGACACUAACCUCCAGGGGCAAGAGUACCAAUGGCUCACGACCUGCAUCUACAUCGCUAUCCUGAUCGUCGAGUACCCGCAAAACUACAUCAUCGCGCGCGUGCCCAUCGCCAAGUACCUCUCCUUCUCCAUCAUCGCCUGGGGUACGGUGCUCGCCUGCACGGCGGCCUGCACGACCUUUGCUGGGCUCGUGACGGUACGCACACUCCUGGGCAUCUUCGAGUCGGUCUGCCAGCCGGCCUUUGUCAUCAUCUCGUCGACAUGGUACAAACGCGAGGAGCAGGCGUCGCGCGUGACGUACUGGUACAUGAUGAACGGCGCUCAGCAGAUGGUCGGCGGCCUGCUGGCCUACUGCUUCUCGCUCAUCACGACGGGCCCGCUCAAGUCGUGGCAGUGGCUGUUCCUCUCCUACGGCGUCAUCUCGGUCAUCUACGGCGUCUUCGUCGGCUGGUGGAUGCCCGACUCGCCCAUGCGCGCCAAGUGCUUCUCCGAGGAGGACAAGAGGCUGAUGGUCGAGCGGGUGCGGUCCAACCAGACGGGCAUUCAGAACAGGCAGUUCAAGAAGGAGCAGGUCUGGGAGGCGCUCAAGGAUCCCCAGGCCUGGGGCUACGCGCUGAUCCAGCUGUGCACCACGCUGCCGACGAGCGGGCUCGGCAGCUUCCAGGGCAUCAUCAUCAAGAGCUUCGGCUUCACCACGCUGCAGACGCAGUUGCUGGCCAUGGUGCUCGGCGCCUACAUCAUCAUCGUGCUGUUGGGCAGCUCGUGGCUGGUCAAGAAGACGAACCAGAACUUGUUGGUCAUGCUGGGCUUCUGUAUUCCCUCUUUUAUCGGGACAGCUCUUCUCAUGACGAUCCCUCCCGACACAUAUUCCCGCAAGGUCGGCCUCUGCAUCUGCUACUACAUCACGCUUUCCUUCUGGUCCGCCCAGACGCUCGCCCUGUCCAUGCUCUCGCGCAACGUCGCCGGGCAGACCAAGAAGAGCGUUGCCGUCGCCCUCAACUUCAUCAUCUGGUCCACCGGCAACGCCAUUGGCCCUCAGGUCUUCCUCAGCUGGGACGCGCCCCGCUACUUCAUCGCCUUCGCCACGCAUCUCGGAUGCUACUGCCUGCUGGUCAUUGUCAUCAUCGGCCUGAGGUUCUAUCUGGUGGCUCAGAACAAGAAGCGGGACGCCCUCGCGGCGGCUGGUGUCCACGAGGCCAAGGACGAGAACAUGACGCACGCAUUUGAGGACCUGACGGAUAAGGAGAACCCGAACUUCCGGUAUGUGUAUUAAGGUAGCAAGCGAGAGUUUAGGUCAUGUCGAGGCUGGACCUGAAAUUUAACGCGGUAUCAAGCGUCUUACAUCAGAUAAGGUCCUCUGCGCGGAUGGAACUGGUCGGGCGCUCUCAACUUGUGCUGUGCCGUUCGGCCUGUUUCCAGAACCAGAAUACACUGACCUAAGGUAUGGUAUGCCAACCUUCAACUAACCUUCCGAUGAUGCCAUGGCGC